AUGACUUUAAAAGAUUUUAAUUCAAAGAAAACUAUAUCCAAUCAAUUGGAAUCGAUUGAUCCAUCAUCUUCUAAUAAAGAAAUAAAGAAAAAUGAUCAUGUAUUAGAUUAUUCAAAUAAAAAAUUCAAACAAAUGCGAGUGUCUCUUUUGAAACUAAUACAUUCGCAUCGCUCAUCAGAGAAUAUUGAAAGUAAAACUACGCAUUCAGAACAGCAACAGCAACAAGAUUCAUCUUCACCAAAACGUCCAUCAAUCAUUAAAUCAACUGAUAUACCACGUAGUGUAUCGAAAAAAUCGGUCGCAUUUGCAUCUGCUAUUGAUCAAGACGAUAGCUUAAAUGAGGAUGAGGAUUUAAAUCUAAAUCUUGAACCUAACGCAAACGAUAUAUCAUCAUCAGAAACUGAUAUUGUUACUGUUAUUACAAACAAACGCAUCGAUGACGACAUAACGAUCAAUACAAACAAAAACGUGGAACCCUAUCCAUUUCGUUCAGAAAUUGACUUGUCUCUAUCAUCACAAUUCUACGCACAAACUAUCUAUCAUCGCUCACGAAAAAAUAUCAUCAGUCGCUUUAUCCAUUAUCGUCGUCCAAAAACAAUUCUUCACCCUUUACCAACUAUCGAUUCUCUCAGCACAAUGAAUCGAUCAACUUCAACACCUAACAUGAUGAUUUCAUCUUCGUCAUCUGUAAAUCCCAUAACAAAACCUAAGACUAAUGGUCGACGACGACCAUUGAAAGCGAUUCGUACAUGGUUUAAAACAUUAUCGUUACGUCCAUUUCUUCGAUCAAAUCAUAAACAGACACAAGAAAAUAAUGCAUCAAAAAUUAAAAAUCAACCUAUUCCUCAUGGAUCAACUGGACUACGAAAAUUUUCUGAACUACUGUUGUAA